GUGAAGCGUAGUGCCUCAUUAGCCCAAGGACCUCACCAACCGGAAGUUGUCAUUUUUUACCAGCAAUCCAUCACGUCCCCUUUGACCUGGUUUUCUCUUUCACAAAGUGGAAGCUUCUCUUUGAAGUUAUUUUUGUUAUACGUUUAAGCAAAUGGCUGACCAUGGCUUGGAUGAAAUUCCUAAAAAGUGCCCCCACUGUGCGUCUUCGGAGGACGAUCGGUUUUGCUUGUGCUCAGGGGUCAACUCUCCAGUUCUGGUGGUGGAAAUGUCACAGACAUCAAGUAUUGGUAGUGCAGAGAAUUUUACUUCACAGGAAAGAAAAAAAGAAAGAAAUGCCAGCAGAGAACCUUCUAUGAAAGAUCUGUCCACAAGAACAAACGUGGAGAGAAAAACCUCUCAGCAACAGUGGGGUCGGGGCACUGUCACAGAGGGAAAAGUCCUGCACAUAAGGAUGGAGAACGGGGCCGACAUCGAGGAAUUCUAUACCUUUGGAAGAAUAUUGGGACAGGGGAGCUUCGGAAUGGUCAAUGAAGCUACAGACAAGGAAACAGGAGCUAAGUGGGCAAUUAAAAAAGUGAAUAAAGAGAAGGCUGGAAGCUCUGCAGUGAAGUUACUUGAGCGGGAGGUGAACAUCCUAAAGAGUGUCAAACACAAGCACAUCAUCCAUCUGGAGCAAGUGUUUGAGACACCUAAGCAAAUGUACCUUGUGAUGGAGCUUUGUGAGGAUGGAGAACUCAAAGAAGUUCUGGAUAAAAAAGGGCAUUUCUCAGAGAAUGAGACAAGGUUGAUAAUUCAAAGUCUUGCAUCAGCCAUUGCAUAUCUUCAUAACAAAGAUAUAGUGCACAGAGAUCUGAAGCUGGAAAACAUAAUGGUUAAAAGCAGCUUUAUGGAUGAUAACAAUGAAAUGAACUUAAACAUAAAGGUGACUGAUUUUGGCUUGGCGGUCAAGAAGCAUGGCUCCAGGAGUGAAGGCAUGAUGCAGACCACGUGUGGCACUCCUAUCUAUAUGGCACCAGAGGUUAUCAAUGCCCAUGAGUACAGCCAGCAGUGCGACAUUUGGAGCAUAGGUGUCAUAAUGUACCUUUUACUGUGUGGAGAGCCACCCUUUUUGGCAAACUCGGAGGAAAAGCUCUUUGAAUUAAUAAGAAAGGGAGAGCUAGAAUUUGAAGACCCAGUCUGGGAAUCUGUAAGUGAUUCUGCAAAAAAUGUUUUGAAACAACUUAUGAAAGUAGAUCCUGCUCACAGAAUCACAGCUAAGGAACUUCUAGAUAACCAGUGGUUGACAGGCAAUACACUUUCUUCAGUGAGACCAGCCAAUGUAUUAGAAAUGAUGAAAGAAUGGAAAAAUAAUCCAGAAAGUGAUGAGGACACCAAAACAGACGAGAAGACUACGCAGCCCAUGAAAGAGAAUUCAUCUGCAAAGACAGCAAAACAGCCUACCGUUGCUGCCAAGAAGCCAGAUGCAGAUGAUGUUGACAUGAGCUGUUCAAACUCAACAUCCAGCAAACUCCUCUCUGCUGAACUCAAAGCAGAACCUGAGAAAAGCUCCGGGACUACGAACCAGGCAGUGGUGGCUAAGGGCACCAUGAAAGCCUCUGCCUUGUUGCGAGGCAAGAAAAAGCUCUAAGGCUCUGUCCUGUGCUGGCCAGUACAAGAACAGACCACUCCUCCAGCACUGAAGGGAGGGGGCAGGAGGGAGACAGCGUA